CACGGUCAUUCUGAAAGGUCCCACCAUGCACUGCGUCAAGCAGGUGCGCCUGACUAAUAUUUGUCGAGGGAGUUACAAAAUGUCUGCCGGCGAAGUCAAGCAGUUUGAACAGUACUGUUCGGGUUCUAAUCAGUCUUCGUUACGUGCUUCACACUUGGAAUCUAUUGCUGUAUUUAGGAGAUUUUUAAGCAGCGUUUUUCAAUUCAGAAAUGCCUUCCAGGAGUGUGUGCAGUCUGGCUUUCCUCGUUUCCACGAGAGAUGGAAGUUCGCAGGAAGAAUGUUAUCUCAGUUGUUUACAACCGACAGCCUUGAUAGGCCAUUUAUUCAAAGACUAUUUAGAAGGCUACAUCCGGGAGGUACUACUGUAAAAUGGAUAUUAUCAACCUUAGUAAAACCUGGCUCAGUUGACACAAUUUACAAUAACAAGCUAAUAUUUUCUCGACCUUGCUUGAGCUAUAUAGCUCGGAAGAAGAUCCUGUGAACUUGAUUUAGUGCGGAUAUCCUCCUCUUCAGAUCUCUUCAAGGAAACGUGUUUCAUAGUUGGUUAUUUCAAUGGAAAAGAUGUUCGAUCUAUAAUUCAAUCAUCGAUUUGCUGUUCAUCGCGGUUUACAAAUCUGAUUGUUGACGACGUGUGUAGUAAGCAGUAGCAACAGUGGAGAAGCGCCAAUAGCUUUGUAGUGAAAACUGCACCUUAGGAUCUUGGUACCUUGAAGUCCUCAAGCAAGACUAACAAGCAAACUUCAUCAAAGUCCACUAUGACCAGUGUCAUCGACUCAACACCUCGCAGAUCCAGAAAAAAGCUUCCUGACAUCCCCCCUGAGGAGCUAGCAUUACAUGGGAAAACAGGAUCAUUUGAGGCUGGCAGUAAACAGCAUGAUCUGCCUCCUGAGGUGCAGGCCCAGUUUAUUAGGCAUGUGCAUAAAAGGUCGCGUUCACUGACAGGUUUGGAUACUGUUGAGUUUGAGAGGAAGCAACAGGUUGAGGCUGAGAAAGAAAAUGUGGAGCCAAAAGCACAUCAGCAAAAUGCAGCAGCACCACAGAUUGAACAGCUGAAUGAAAAAGAAGACGGAAAUGAAGGUUUUGCGAGAUCCUUACCUUCAACUCCAGUUUCUCGCCGUAAAUUAAGUUCAAGUUCAUUGAAAUCAGAGGAAGAAAAAGAAGAACUAGUGAAAGAACUCCGCUGGCACUACAAACAAUUUGUGAGAGCAUCUAAACGGAAUAAAGGAAAACUGGUCCAUGCCAGUGUUGGAGAUGAUAACACAAGUGUUUUGAGUUUGGAAGGAAUCACUCUUAGUGAGGUCAGCUCUCAAAAUGAGCACACUCCCAACACCUCUGUAAUCUGGACGAAUCGAUGUGACCAGCAGAAAUGUGGCAAGCCAGUGGAAAUUCUUGAGCGUAUGGCAGUGGAAAAUCAUAUUUUUCACAAAACCUGUUUUGUUUGUGCUAUAUGCAAUUCUUGGUUGAACCACUUCAACUAUUGCUAUGUUCCUGAUCAUGACAAGUUCUACUGCACCCAGCACUAUCAGGACAUAGAGAACGCCAGCUUUGGUUUGGGAGAGGAUAUUCGGCAUGCUAUGGGGAUUGGACCAGGGGUACAACAACAGUUCAAAUUUACACCAGAUGCUGUGGAUGGUACAAGAGAAACUAAAGGUGCCAGUAAGGUGCAGAAUUCUAUCAGGAUUAUGAAAGAAAAAAUAUCACUGCUCAGCAAACGAGGAAAGAAACUGGUGAAGAAAGAGAAGAAGCUCAAAUCACAGCUUGACAAGUUUAAAGGCCCUGAUGCAGAAAAGCAGACAUUAUGGGUGGAGUGGUUUAGUGCUGUACAGGAUAAGAAUAGCACUGUACGAAGAGAAACUGAACUUUCAUUUAAGGUCAGAGAGUUGGAACUGGAAGAAAAAUAUUCUGAGUUGGAGAAAAAGCUGCGACAACUAGCAGAGAAGGAUGAAAAGAUAAAGACUGAGUAUGACAAGUCUAAAGAAAAGGAAUUGUUACAAGAAAUGCUUGAGGUUGUUGAGAAAAGAGAGCAACUAAUAUCUGAUGUGGAGGAUGCCAAAAAAAGGUAUGCUGAAGAAGACAAAGAGAUAGAAAGGGAGAGAAGAGAAGCAGGACUCAAUGAUCCUGACAUAGUAAAGGAGGUAACUGCUGUUGGAAAGGAAGUCCAGCAAGUGUCACAAGCUGUCCAGCAGGCUCCAAGUGCUGUCAAAAAGCAAACAGAGUGCUGUAUUUUGCUNUAGUACUGAUUAAGAAAUUAAACAACAUGUUGAAAGGCAAAUAUAGUAAAUGGGUCAAAGUUCGUCAGUGUUGUAUUGUAGUAAGGUAAAGCAUAAAAAUAUGUUAAUAUAUAUUUGUUUAAAAGAAAGUAAAACAGCAUACUCAUUCAAGGUAUGGUGAAGUUCCCAAAGUCACAGUUCCCCAAAAGAAGCAACAUUCUAAAAGUAACAACCAACUUUUUAUGAGAAAGAAUGCAAAUAUAAGAUUCUACAAGCUGAACCAAAAUGACCCCUAUGACAGGCAAUAAUUUAUAUUACCUUGUUAGGUUGGACCUAAAUUCUUUUCAAGAAGAUUACCCAUUUAUACAAGGUCUCUAUAUUUAUUUGAAGCCGUCCCUGGGAUCAGCCCACCUUGCUAACUAAAAGAAGUGACCCUUAAAAGGUUGCAGAGGAAUCAAUAGGAAGAGGAUUGUAAAUCUGAAAGUAACAAGGUUUGGGACUUUGUGCCAACCAACAUACGUACAUAGUUAUACAUACACAUACAUAUCCUUUAUUAAAAGUGUCUAGACGUUCUAGCGCCCAUGGCACUUAUUGGGGACACAGAUAAAAUACAAUCUUAUAAACAAAUAUUUCAAAAAAUAAAACUUAAAAACUUUUUAAAAAAUCAUUGCUUACAGCAUUUUUACAUACCAUGUGUAAAACAACAGAAAAGUUAAGCUGUUUUGGUUCUAGUAAUGUCCUUGCAUAAUUUAUGGAAACAUAUGAUCCUUAUGCUGCUGUUUGAGUAAGCCUUUCAGUAAAUACUCCCUUUUUCUAAAAGCAGGUCACCUAUAACUUUUACAUGCAUGUUUUUUUAAACCUUACACAUACUACUGAUAAUAAUAAUACAUUUAUAUAGCGCUAUUUCCUAGUGGUUCAACAGCGCUUACAUUCCCUUCUUCCUCUGGACAAUGUGAUUGUAUUUAUUUUGGAGAGGAGGGAGGAACAAGAGGCCUUAACCUUGUUACCACAAAUUUCACUCCAUUUCUGAUCAAUAUCUUCCCUAGCUGUGCCAGCAAAUGGCACAAUAGAAAACCGUUAUCCUGAAUGAUGCUUAUCUGAAAAAUGCCAGAUGUUGAGAAAUUUUUAUGAAGAAAAUAAUUUUAAGCUACAGAUGGGCUACUUUUAUUAGGAAUAUCAACUAUAAUAUGGAAAAUAUGUAUGCCACAGAUUGGUAAAGUCUUACAUGAAAAAAAUACCCGCCUUGUAUAGCUCGGCUACUUUUAUGAAAAAUGUUAGCUAUGUUAGGUUAAUAAGUCAGAUUAGUUGUGAGGUAGGCUUAUUUAACUUUUAUCCUUUAGAAACAGUUCUUAUCAUUUACACAGCAGCUAAGUUGUGAGGUGUGUCAACUAUAACAAUAAAAUUUAAGAGUAUAUUGUUUUUGUCUUUUUGACUCCAGACAAUCUGAAAGGAAUGAUGUUAAUAGAAUUAUUUCAUGCAUAAAAUGUUUCAAUUAUCUUACUUGUAAUGAUAGUCAAUGUAUAUAUUGCAGUCUAUAAUCCUCAACCUGAGAGCAGAAUCACUUCAAAUUGGGAGAGAUCAAAGGGACUCUGUUUGCAGGAUAAUAUUCCUUUGAAAGUCAUAAUCCUGUAGGUCAUGUACCUUGUCCUCUUCAGCCUAUAGUCAAAACUUUUUAAUAAACACCAAAGAGACAAAGCUGAGUUUCCACAUUAUGGAGGUGCCAUAUUUCAUUAUUGAGAUAGGUUAUUAUAGUAAUUGGACCCAGUGGAGUACAAUUCGGGAAAUAAGCGCGCAAGUGAUUUCAAGGCACCUCCGACUUGAAAUUAUGAGCACUCUUGAUUACUCCCUGAAUUGUGUGUCACAAGGUCCAGUUACUAAUUAAAUGUCAGUAUGAAUAUCAAGUUUUGAAAUUAAAAAGUCUUUUUAGCACUUUGUUUGAGUGAAAAGGUAUCGAGUUACAUAUAUCUAAUAUCAAAAAGUUGUCAUUGGAUACCUGUAAUUAUGUGACAUAUAGGUGCAUGAAGAACCAGUGACGAUCAAUAAUUUUGUUAUAGA